AUGUCGACCUCCAAGUUGCCCUGCAUACCUUCACUUCGAAAGCAGCAGCUCCACCUGGAAUUCGCGAGCCUGAGACGUGCAGCACCGCCAGGGGUUUACAUGAGCCUUGCGCCUGGGGACCCGACACUUUGGAAUGGAGUGAUAUUUGUUCGCUCAGGUCCCUAUGCUUCGGCCGUCCUCCGAUUCCAGCUCCGCUUCCCAGACACCUAUCCCGACCUUCCUCCUCUAGUCACCUUCGCGACGGACUUGUUCCACCCAUUGAUUGUGCCUCUUACUACAUAUACCUAUAGCACUGGCUCGGCAAGUGACAAUCCCGUCAGUGCGACGGACGAUGAACGAUUACCGCCCGGCGGAUUCAGUCUGCGCCAUGGAUUCCCCCACUGGUUUGGUAGGGCAAAACGGAACACAUCACGGAAUGUAAGCGGUGCUAGUGCAAGUGCUGCAUCGAUCGGACGCGCAAGCUCUACCGAUCCGGUUACAGACGAUGGUGAUGAAUCGAACGCGUCAAACCCUCCAGCGGCAUCAGCGGCUAGUGAGGACGGCGAUGUAGAAGCAUCGCGGGUGGCAGAAGUACCUGCUAUAGAUCAGUUUUCGGAACGAAGAGACGUUGUCCCUGUGUCCGAGAUACUGGAUUACAUUCGGUCGACCUUUGAUGACGAAUUGGUUUUGGAUUCGCUGCCGGUUGAGGUUGCCGGGAACCCCGGGGCAUGGCAUGCAUGGCAGGCACAUCGUCGAGGAGGCCCUCGAGGACAACUGAAACGUGGAAGCCCGCAGGCUCGGCUUCCGGGGGAUUGGCACUGGGAUGGAAUUUGGGCCAGGCGGGUGAAAGAUGAGAUUGAAAACUCUCAUUCUGAGCCGAUGCUGUUUGGAGGUGCUGCUCGUGGGGGUGUGGAUGAAAUGAUUCGAUUCUCGCGGCUGGAUGAUACAACCAUGAACUCAGUCAAGGAGAAAAUGGCUGCAAUGGCAGGGGACGGGAUAUAA